AUGAGAUCUACGCUCUUCACACUCAACGCUGUACUUCUCUCUCUUGUCGUGGCUCACCCCACUAAAAGGGCUACGAAGGUUCAAUAUGCCGGUGUCAACGUUGCUGGGUUCGACUUUGGGUGUGCGACUGAUGGCACUUGUGGCUUGACUGGAAACAACAAGCCAUACGACAUCGUCUCCGGCGCCAAUGCAAUUGGUCAGAUGAACCAUUUCGUCAAAGAUGAUUCGUUGAACGCCCUGAGAUUGCCCGUCGGUUGGCAGUUCCUCACAAAUGGCCAGCUUGGUGGGCAACUCAACUCCAACAACGCAGGUCAGUACGAUAGGCUGGUCCAGGGCUGCCUCAACUCUGGUGCAGCUUUGUGCAUCCUGGACAUUCACAACUACGCUCGAUGGAAUGGGAAGAUUGUGGGCCAGGGUGGGCCUACCAACGCUCAACUGGCGGAUAUCUGGAAACAACUUGCCACAAAGUAUGGCAAGAACAGCAAAAUUGCUUUUGGCGUUAUGAAUGAACCAUUUUGCCUGACACAACCACAGGAUAUCAAGGCAUGGGCUGCAACUGUUCAAGAAGUUGUUACAGCUAUUCGUAACGCAGGUGCUACGAGUAACAUCAUCCUUCUUCCUGGUAACAAUUGGACGUCGGCCGAAACCUAUGUCUCGUCUGGUUCCGCCGAAGCUCUCGCAGCAGUCAAGAAUCCUGAUGGCACAACGUCGAAUUUGAUCAUGGAUGUUCACAAAUACUUGGACUCGGACAACUCAGGCACUCACACAGAUUGUGUUAAGAAUAACAUUGACAAUGCAUUCAAGCCGCUAGCGGAAUGGCUUAGAUCAAACGGCAGACAAGCUAUGCUCACCGAAACGGGUGGCGGAAACACAGCUAGCUGCCAGCAAUAUAUGUGUCAGCAGAUCGAAUACCUAAAUCAAAACGCAGAUGUGUACCUUGGCUACACAGGGUGGGCUGCUGGAGGAUUCGCUCCGUCGUAUGAACUGAAUGAGGUGCCAACGCAAAAUGGUAACUCGUGGACUGACACGAGCCUCGUGAAGUCGUGCAUCGUGGGGGCGUGGAAGAAUGCUUAAGUGGCUCUUUUGUCCAACAAGGCACUGUGAUGCAGACACGGC